ACACCAUUCUAUAAACCAAACCAAGCACAACAAGACCUAAAAUCACACCUGCAAUUUGCCGCUCAAUCAGAGUUCUAAAAGAUGGCUAGAUGGGAUGAGAUUCUCUCCCUGCCUGUGCAGAAUCCUCCAAUGUUGGAGUUCUCUGCCACUGAUCUUGUGUGGUCCAAGGUGGAAGGUUGGCGUGAUGCCAUAGAUAGAGUUUCUCUGAUACCAUUUGGCCGAGUCGAUGAUUUUGUUAGGGGAGAGUCAAAUAAUAAAGAGUGUCCAACUAGAUUCCAUGUUGAGGCAAGGAGGAGAAGAACUGCAAAGACGACUUAUAAACCUAAAGUUGAUGGAGUACUUGAGUAUAUAUUGUACUGGUGCUCCUUUGGUCCGGAUGACGGUAGAAUAGGUGGUAUUGUACGUCCUAGUAGGAGUACUUAUGUUGCAAAAAAUAAAUCUGUUGGCCGACCAAAUACUAAAAGGGGAUGUACCUGCCAUUUUAUCGUUAAACGCUUAAUUGCAGAGCCUUCUGUGGCACUUAUUUUAUAUAAUAAAGAUAAGCAUGUUGAUAAGAAUGGAUUGCCGUGCCAUGGUCCACAAGACAAGAAAGCUGCAGGUACUCGUGCAAUGUAUGCCCCAUAUAUUUCAGAAGAACUCCGCCUCCGGGUCUUGUCUCUCCUCCAUGUUGGGGUCUCUGUGGAAACCAUCAUGCAGAGACACAAUCAGUCAGUAGAGAAACAAGGAGGUCCAUGUAAUAGGGAUGACCUUUUGACCCAUAGAUAUGUUCGAAGGCAAGAGAGGAAUAUUCGACGGUCUACAUAUGAGCUUGAUGAAGAUGAUGCAGUCAGCACUAGCAUGUGGGUUGAAAGCCACCGGAGUGACGUUUUCUUUUACGAAGACUUCUCUGAUUCUGCUCCAUUUACCCUUGGAAUUCAAACAGAGUGGCAGUUGCAACAAAUGAUCCAAUUUGGAAAUUCCCGCCUUUUAGUUUAUGAUUCAAGAUUUGGUUCAAACAAGUUGAAGUAUCCUAUACAUAGCCUUGUUGUUUUCAAUUCAGAAAACAAGGCUAUCCCGGUGGCUUGGAUUAUUAGUCCCAGAUUUGCAAGCAGUGAUACAUACAGAUGGAUGCGAGCCCUCCACAAUAGAGUUCUUGCAAAAGAUCCUAUGUGGAAGUUAGCUGGGUUUAUUGUUGAUGAGCCUGCUGCUGACAUCAUAGCAAUUAGGGAAAUUUUUCAGUGCUCAGUACUGAUAUGCUUCUGGCGUGUUCGCCAUGCUUGGCAUAAAAAUUUGAUAAAGAGAUGCUCAGAUAUGGAAACAUGUGCUGAAAUAUCAAAAAUGCUCAGCCAUGCUGUUGAUAAAAUAUGCAAAGGAACCGAUACUGCUAAUGCAUUUAUAGAUUUCAUGGAUGGCUUUGUGGAUGCUGAAGAGUUCAUGGACUACUUCAUGGCAACUUGGAAUCCGAGAAUAGGUACGUGGAUGCAUGCUCUGAAAACUCUUCCUCUUGCCAGCCAAGAGACGUGUGCAGCAAUGGAGUUUUAUCACAAGCAGUUGAAGCUUAGGUUAUUGAAUGAAAAAGACCAAAGUGUAUAUCAACGUGUUGAUUGGCUGAUAAAUAAGCUAGGGACAAAAGUGCAUUCCUUUUUCUGGCUUGAUGAAUUCUCAAGUAAAGAUGAUUUUGCACGAUAUUGGAAGGAUGAGUGGAUGAGUGGCCCGACAGCAUGGAGGAAUUCUUUAAGGAUUCCGGACGCCAAUGUUAUCGUUGAUGGUAAAUGUGCGAAAGUUAUCGGGCUGAACGAUCAGAAUACAGCUCAAUUAGUAUUGAACCCUGGUUCAGAGUAUGCAAUUUGUGACUGUAGUUGGGCAAUGGCGGGGAACUUGUGUGAGCAUGUUUUCAAAAUGAUCAAAUUCUAUCGCAAUAUGGGUUCUGUUACCCCAUCCACGAGUAUGUUCCAGUACAGUCAGGCCUUGAUUAAGAUACUACGCUGUCAACCUUUUGAUUCUUUAGUUCGCGAUCGGGCUGCUUUGUUGUCCAUCUGGGCAGGGAUGCAGUUGGAUACACAGAUUGGCCGGGAAAGCUCGCAGGACAAGGGGAACGAUACAGGGCAGCAAACUCCGGAGCCCUCUGGGGAUAAAUCUCCACAUAAUGUCGAUCAUUGCCCUGAUCAGGCUGCGGUGAAGCGCAGGCGAACAGGCUGUGAAGCUGGGAAUUUCAGUGAAAACCUCAACCAUAAUGGAAGUCACAUUGAGAGUCCUGGUGCAGACAUUGAAGUCGAUUAACCAUCCAUCGCACUUCACCAUCUCCAUGUUUUCUUCUAACUAGAGUUGUAAGUAACCCUGCGUUAUUUUUUUGAUGUAAAUUGAAAAAUUAACUUGAACUGUCAUGUCCUUUGUUCUAUGUGGUAAAUACGGAGUACUAUUAGUUUUGUAUCUUAUUUACUGUUCCAAAUUUA